AUGGCACAGACAACGGGUCGACCGUGCAUCUCAGCAACAUGUCUGUGCGGAGCCAUCUCGUACGCUCUGCCCCCGGACCAACGGUUGCCGUUGGACAGCGUUCUGUGUCACUGCACUGAUUGCCGAUACGUAACCGGGGCGCUGUACUUGUCGUCUCCUGAGUUAUCAGAGGCGCCUCCUCGGGACAUCUUGGAACAUGCUGUCCAUUAUGACAGCUCGGGCACACGUCGCAGGUGGUUCUGCGGACACUGCGGGUCGCAUAUGUUUGUCCAGGAAAUUGGAGGCGAGGGAAAGAGAUGGUGGGUUAUGGGCGGCGUGCUGGAGCAGUCAAGGGGGCUUAACUCGCCCGGGUCUCGCGCGACGAACACUACUCGGGCUACCCACCACAUCUUCGUCACCGACACAGGAGAUGGCGCGCUAGGAGCGAGAAUGAUCAGGCUGGGAGCGCGAGAGGUCGCAUGUUGGGACAAGCGUGCGUCUACGAGCCGACAGGUGAGCGAGGGCGAAUUGCGGGAGAUGGCUCUACACGCCGAACUAGCCUCGGAGAUGAAAAGCAAAUUCCUGGAGGCGCAAUGUCACUGUGGAGGAGUCAACGUCCGAAUCACUCGCCCGAACUUCGAAUCGUUGAAGUUGCAGCAGAGGUAUAUCCCCGAGCAGAAGGAUACGUAUGUUGCAGGCAUUUGUACAUGCCGGUCAUGCAGAUUGGCUCUUGGAGUUUCUUUCCAACCGUGGGCGUAUAUUCCCCCGGGCAAUAUAUUCCUCGCCAACACAGAGACAACGGUGAAAUUCGGCGCAGAGGGCGACCGGGAAGGCUCAAACGGGGUCAUCACUUUGAGACAUAUUUGGUCAAGCAAAGAUACCUGCAGGAGCUUCUGCGGGAGGUGUGGUGCAACGGUAUUUUAUUGGCAUAACGACCGACCCGAGGUCGUGGAUGUCUCAGUAGGCCUCUUGAGAAGCCAAGAUGGAGCGAUGGCAAGAAGCUGGUUGUCGUGGAGAAAGGGAGGCCCUAGUUUCAAGGACGACUGCGUCGACGAAGAGUUGCUGACGGCAAUUUUCCCGUCAUAG